GGCCAGAGCUAGCUCAGAUACUGAAACCCCUCAGUUUCCUCGCGGAGAUUCCAGAUAUUGAAUCCAGAAUCGGCAGACACGGCUUGGCACCUUGUUUGGUGCUAGCCCUUCAUAAACAUCCAUGCCUUUGUUGCUGGCAGUGUUGAUUUGCACCUUGAAGUUCGUUGCUGGAGAGCCCAACAACCUCAUAGUGAUUCCUUUGGACAAGCAGUACGUUCCCAUCUACCGGGGCGAAGAUGUCGUUGCAUACAAGACUGCCUACUUUGGUGAUAUCUUUGUAGGCAGCCCAUCCCUGGAAUUCUCUGUGGUCUUUGACACGGGCUCAGGGCAUGUUUUCCUGCCAUCUGUGAAGUGUGAAAGUGAAGCCUGUCGAGCUCAUCGCAGGUACAAUGAGUCAGCCUCCAGCUCGGCCAUUCAGUUGGACCAUGAAGGGCUGUGGGCUGGCGGCGAGAGAGACGAAGUGGCAAUCAGCUUUGGGACAGGUGAAGUCAUCGGAAACUUCGUGGAGGAAGCGGUGUGCUUGAACGGUAAGCUGACUGACGGAGCGUGCGCUCGGGUCAGGAUAGUGACAGCGAACCAAAUGACUGAUGAGCCGUUCCAGAAUUUUCACUUUGAUGGUGUAAUUGGCCUGGGCCUCGCGAAUUUGGCCGUGGAUUCACAGUUCAGCUUCUUCGAACAAAUGGCGCGCAGUGGUGAGAAUUUCGUCCCGCAGUUUGGGUACUUCUUAUCUGAAAGGGACGAUGUGGCUAGUGAGAUUUGCUUCGGCGGCCACGAUGCACGUCACAUGCGUUCCUCCUUGCAGUGGACGCCGGUCCAUGAUCCCCACAAAGGGUUCUGGCAAGUGAAGAUUCUUCGUGUCACAGUGAAUGGCGAGGAGUGGAGCAGGGCACCACCGCAAGCCUACUACACUAUUGGAUACCGUUAGGGAAAAAAUCCGCCCGCACCGAAGGUGCUGGGGCGUGAUCGUCCGGAUGGCACUCGUAAAAGGUUACAGGUUUCCUGUUUUUGAUAGGUCGUGACGCUCGCCUUCAAAAAACACUGUAAACAAGGUGGGCCAGAGAACCCA